AAACUUUGAAACUGAUUAUGAAAAGGGCACACAUUGUUGUACGUAUAAAGCAUUAGAUUUAAUACGAUUUAGUUGAAUGUUUGGACAUUUAAAAUGUUUGUUAAUGUUUUACCACAUAAUGUAUUAAUACAUGUAUUAAGCAAUGAAUGAGUGUUUGUCUUAUAUAUUGCCAAAUGAUUCACAACUGGCUCUACAACUGUAAUCAGUGUUGAGUUGAGAGCAAUGCUAUUGAAUGACUAAACUUAGAGUUAUGUGUGCUUUGAAUCAAACGAAACAUUCAUUGAAUUAUUGCAUAAAUUCCUCAAAUAUUUGCUGAAAAUAAAACUCUCUUUGCUUUCAAUGCUUUGUUCAAAACAGCUAUACAUUGACAGUCAGUGCUUACUAUCGCCGCUAACAUUGACCACAAUAUAACUGAUAAUCGUCUAAAUCAAUGACUUAUUUUAGUAAAGUUUACCAUCGAUUCAUACAAAUGACAUGAUAUGAUAAAGACGUGGAUUAGUUGAAAACAACUUUGUUUUAAGUAUAGCAUAGGAUAUAUCAUAUCAUUGUGUUGUCAAAGUUGACGAUAAACUAAAUUAGGAAUAGAUUUAAUAAAUGGUUGUAAUUUGCUAUCAAUUGAAUGAAACCAGUUAUAGGUGAUCAACAAUAUAAUACAUUUGUCAUAUAAAUUAUCAACUAAUGGAUGUCAUGUUAUAUAAUUGAUCAUUUGUGUAUAAAUUAAAAAUAUUUUAAAAUGAAGAGAAGUCAAGACAAUGAAGAUCGGCCAGAAUUGGCCCGAAAAUCAAGCUUUAAGAUUACCCGACCAGAAGUUUCUGAAAUAUCAGACAAAACGGCUACAAAUCACUCUUCUUAUAGUGGUGUUAGUCAUAGAUCCGGUAUCGAUAAUGACAACUUGAUGGCCAACUAUCGGGGAUCACCUUAUAAUGAAAUGGAUGGUACAAAACAUUCAAUAAUAAGACGCUUUAGUGAUACCAAUUCGCAACAAUCAACUCAUUCUUCAAAUGAUUCUCUUGAAGAUGACGACCAACCUCUGGACAUGAGUUAUAAGAAAUACAGAAAUCAAGAUUCGUGUGAAUCUCAGUCGAGUUGUUCCGAUUCAAAGUCAGAUUCAACUGUUGUUUCAAAGAGUCCGACCAACUCGUCGUCUUUGGCACAACUCUUCAGCCAACAAAUGAUGAGACCGUCUGUAAUAACUCACGGCUCAUCACUAAUGAAAACACAACAAAUCAAAUCCAUAAGUCCUUCCCCUCCCUCUUAUGCUGAAGCAGUGUCUCCGACAUCUAAAUACCACAAGUGUUGUAUUAACGAUGUGUUAAAUGCUAAAAGUGGUCAUAACUCGAGUGAUUCAUGUAAUAGUGAAGACAUAAAUGAUAGUUCAUACAGAAGGCAUAGCACUAGAAGAUUAGUUAUUAGUGAUGAAGUAAAUGAUCCGGUAAUAGAAGAGCACUUCAGAAGAUCACUGGGUAAGGAUUACCAGCAAAUCUUCAACAAUAACUCUACUAAUAACUCAAUUACAUAUUCAGUUGAUGACCAUUUUGCUAAAGCAUUGGGCGAUACGUGGACUAAAUUACAAAAAGCAGACACCGAUGGUUCGCAACAAAAUAAUGCUCAGAGUAUUGUAUCAUAAAAACAAUACAAAACCUCUUGAUUUUUGAUCAAUAUAUCAUUUGGUCAAAUCAUUUAAUAGUUUUAUAUGCAUUAAUAUCAUCAUAAUUAUUUCAUUUGAAAAAGUUUUCAAUUACCGUAUAUACAAAAUAAGACUGAAAUUAUUACCUUAUUUUUUGAUAAUUGUAAUUUUGAAAGUUAUAGACUAAUUAAAUAUAGAUUAAAGU